AGAGAUGCAAAGCCCGGAGGGGGAGGCGUGGUGGUGAAACCAAUGGAUCUGGGACUGAGCGCGUGGCCCAGGCGGGUCCUGCCCAGAACCUGCCUGCCACCGCUGGGGAAGGAGGCAGCUCCCAGGGUGCUGCAUUCAUCAGAACUGCCGAGCUGAUCACAUGGUUUUCUUCCUGCCUUCCCCGUUAGCUGCUCCUUGUCAGCAGCUGGCGGAGCCCGAGGCCGCAGGCCAGUGUCUGCAGAAAACCUUUCCCGGCCCUACGUUGCAGAACGCCAGCCUCCUGCUCGCGCUCCCACCCCCGCGCCGCCGCCAGCCCGCCUCGCCAACUAAAUGGUUUUCCUCCGUGCCAGGGAGAUUACCGUGGAUCCCAAGGAAGCUGCCUCCUACUAGGCCAUGUUUGCAUUUGAAGAAUUCAGUGAACAGAGUAUUUGCCAAGCCCGGGCUUCCGUGAUGGUCUACGAUGACACCAGUAAGAAAUGGGUGCCAAUCAAACCAGGACAGCAGGGAUUCAGCCGGAUCAACAUCUACCACAACAACGCCAGCAAUACCUUCAGGGUCGUGGGAGUUAAACUCCAAGACCAACAAGUCGUGAUCAAUUAUUCAAUUGUGAAAGGGCUGAAGUACAAUCAGGCUACGCCAACAUUUCACCAGUGGCGAGAUGCCCGGCAGGUCUAUGGCUUGAAUUUUGCCAGCAAGGAAGAAGCGACCACCUUCUCCAAUGCAAUGCUCUUUGCUCUGAACAUCAUGAAUUCCCAAGAUGGAGGCCCCCCCUCUCAGCGCCAGGUGCAGAAUGGCCCUUCUCCUGAUGAGAUGGAAGUCCAGAGAAGGCAAGUGAUGGAACAACAGCAACAGCGUCAGGAGUCCUUGGAGAGAAGAACCUCAACUCCAGGUCCCAUCCUCCCCCCAGGACACCCCUCGUCCACAGCCACUGCCCCCGUACCUUCAGGAGGGCCACCCCCGCCCCCACCCCCGCCAGUGCCCCCUCCACUCACAGGGGCAGCACCACCUCCACCACCACCACCACUGCCAGUAAGCGGGGUGCAAAGCGCCAUCCACGAUGAUGCUUCAGUGUCUGGACUUGCAGCAGCCCUGGCAGGCGCAAAACUACGAAGAGUCCAGCGGCCAGAAGAUGGUCCUGGGGUUUCCAGUCCCAGUGGAACUUCGAAGUCAGAAGCCAACCGGACGAGCAGCGGUGGUGGCGGGGGAGGCCUCAUGGAGGAAAUGAACAAACUGCUGGCCAAGAGGAGAAAAGCAGCAUCCCAGACUGACAAGCCAGCAGAUAGGAAGGAAGACGAAAGCCAAACCGAAGAAUCUAGCACCUCGCCUUCCCCAGGGACCCGAGGGGCUGGACAGCCACCAAAUGCCUCAGAUCCUGGGAAGAAGCCCUGGGAGAGGAGCAAUUCUGUGGAGAAGCCUGUAGCCUCAUUACUCUCCAGAACCCCGUCAUCGGCGAAGAGCCCCGAAGCUAAGAGUCCCAUUCAGUCACAGCCACACAUUAGGAUGAAGCCUGCUGGUAGUGGCAACGAAGGUGCUUUAGAUGCCUUAGAUUUUGACCGGAUGAAACAGGAAAUACUGGAAGAAGUGGUCAGAGAGCUACACAAAGUCAAAGAGGAGAUCAUUGAUGCAAUCCGGCAGGAGCUGAGCCGGAUCAGCACGACAUAGUGAUGGGCCAGCCUCGAACUGGCCCAGGGAUUCCAGCCUGGCCCAGGACUCUAGGAAGACUGAAUCAUCUCACAGGGCACCAAGGUGCUCCAAGGGCACUUCCCACCCCACCCCCUCACCCCACCCCACCCUCUACUCCUUGGUCCAGAAUCCCUUUUUAUUAGCAGACUCAGCACAUGGUGAAGCUUUGCUGUCUGAGAUUCACUUCAUUUAAAAAGUCUUAACCUAAAGGAAAAAAAAUUUAAAAAAAAAAAAAGGAUUUGAAAUUCCUGGAUUUUCUCAAGCCCACCUGACACUGCCCAUUCGGUUGUUUGUUGCCUUUUUUGUAUUUUGUAUUUGCUUAUCUACGUGUAGGAUAUUUCUUUUUAGUGGUAGAGAGGACAUCAGGAGCUGAUUGCUUCCUAGGUGACAGAAGGGCCCUGGGCCCAGCCAUCAGCAGCUGAGGAGCAUCUGCCAACAGUAAGAGGACAGUUGUCACGAGCGGGGCCCCACCUGGAAACACAAAGGCAGAGGCGCUUGGGGCGCGGGAUGAGUGGGUGGAUUCCAGGGUCUCACAAUAUCCAAACGGUACGUCAGUGCGCCGCAGUAUCUGUGUUCAUAUGGGUAAUAAACUGUUUCCUGUCCACCCAGA